AUGUGCCAAUAUCACACGUUCAUCAUCUUCCCCAUCGGCGCCAGGUCGUGCGGCCACAUGCUCAACCUGUCCCACGUCCCCAUGGAGGAGCGCCUCAAAUACCUAUCGCGCCCGGCGCUGCGCAGCGUCGAGUGCAGCGCCCCGACGGCCGCGGCUGGGGCGGGAGAGAUCGCCGAGCACGACGUCGAUCUGCACGACGAUCGAGUGGACGGGCACGAUGGCGCCGAGGUGGAUCCGGCGGGACGGCGACGGCGACUGUCCGGACUGCGAGCGGAACGAGAGGGAGCUGGAAGAGGCGGAUGCCGAGUGGGACGACACGAUGGCGGAUCUGGCGCCGGGCGGGGCGAUGCCGAUCCGGGCUUGGGAGCGCAGGGCCCUGACGGCGACUCGGGACGAGUACGUGGCGGCGGGUGGUGGGUCGAGGUGGGCUCUGAUCAGGAACGGGAGGGUCCGGGGCUUGAUCAAGUGGCAGAGGACCUUGGUGGAGAAGUGGCUCGUGAACCUGAGAGGGACGAGGGCCAAGGGGGAUCCUGCGGGAGAGGUUGA